UAACGAAGAAGGCCAGAAUGGUUCGGCACUUUUGGAUGUAGUGAGAGCCUCCAAAGCGACUGUGCUCAUCGGUACUUCUACACAUGCAGGGGCUUUCACGGAGGAAGUCGUGAAAGCGAUGAGCAAGAAUAACAAACACCCCAUCAUCAUGCCUCUUUCCAAUCCUUCACGGCUUGUAGAGGUCGAACCAAAGGAUGCCCUCAAAUGGUCAGAAGGGAAGGCCCUGAUAGCAACAGCUCUGAAAUCCCACCAGGGAGAGUCAGGCGAGAGGGGCGAAGUUAACGACUCUGAAGGCAACCUCCCUCCUUUACUUCCUGACUUUGGAGAGGCACCAGAGGUCAAUUUCGAAGUGGCACUUGCAGUGGCAAAAGUAGCCAUGGACGAAGGUCUUGCAAAUGUCGAUUUUGGACCUGAAGAAUUGAGAGAAAGGGCAGAGGCUAUACGUUGGACACCCGCUUAUCCUGC